AUGGCCCGCAAGCAAAAAUCUAGUUCCGCUCCCACUGAAACCCGAGUACAAGCCGCCAUUAGAGAUUAUAGGAGCGGCAAAUUCAAGAAUAUCAAAGAUGCCGCUACCGCCCAUGAAAUUACCUACGGAAGGCUCAGAAACCAUCUUGCCGGCAAGGGACCUAAGGGAGAAGCUCAUGUUGACCAGCAACUACUCACUCCUAUCGAGGAAAAGGAAAUUGUCAAGUGGAUUCUUCGACUAGAUGAUUGGGGAUUUCCGCCUCGGAUGAAAAAUGUGAAAGACAUGGCAACUCAUUUUGUUAGAAGCCAUGGGGUUAAGAAUCCCACUGUAGGGGCCAAUUAG